AUGAACUUGGCUCCAUCCUGUCACCUCUCACUGCUCCUUCUGCUUGUUGCAACCCUAUCAGGUGUGCAGGGGAAGAGAAUCAUCGGGGGUGCAGUGGUAUACCCCUACUCCAUCAAAUAUCAGGCCUCCCUGCUUUUCCGGAGCCACCACUUCUGUGGAGGCACCCUCAUCCACCCGCAGUGGGUGGUGUCUGCUGCCCACUGCUGGAGGCCGAGUCACAUGAUCCAAGUGGUCCUGAGUGAGCACAGCAUUGCCAAGGUGGAGGGCUAUGAGCAGAGGUUCAAUGUCUCCUUUGUAGUCAGGCACUACCAGUACAAACACUGGACGCUAGACAAUGACAUCAUGCUGCUCAAGCUGGACCAUCCAGCUAUCACCAACGCCAGGGUCCAGCCGGCCUCUUUGCCAGACCCGGACUCACCCCCCUUGACCGGGCUCACCCGGUGCACAGUGAGCGGGUGGGGUGUGACCUGGCUCCACAGCUACAGUCUGUCACCUGAACUGAGGUCAGUGGACGUGGACAUCUUCCCCAACUGCUGGUACUACUACUACUUCAGGAUCACGGAGAACAUGAUCUGUGCAGGCUCCCUCUUUGGUGGGAAAGACUCCUGUCAGGGGGAUUCGGGAGGACCCCUUGUUUGCAAUGGCAAAUUUGAGGGCAUUGUAUCUUGGGGCAUCGGCUGCGCCUAUGCUUACUACCCAGGUGUUUACACCAAGGUCAGAAACUACCUCGGAUGGAUCAACUGGGUCACCCAGAACAGCUGA